AUGGAAACCCCUCCGAUGGCGUGGAUGGUUGAACUUAAUGGCAGGAAGAUGGGACUCUGGGACCAUCCAUCCGAUCCACAUGGUGGAUUGGCGGGGUGGCGCGUCAUCCCACAAUGCAGCGCAGGGCGCGUCACUGAGCACAGAGCGAGCAUCAUGGCGGCCCCCGGUCCACCAGAAGUCAUCACACAGCUGGAAAGCGCUGCCAAAGUUUUAAUGGCCCCCCCCUCCAUGGUGAGUCCAGAGCAGCGGCAGCAUGCAGAACACAUCUUCCUGUCCUUCAGGAAGUCCAAGUCUCCUUUCGCCGUCUGCAAACACAUCCUCGAGACCAGUAAGGUGGACUACGUUCUCUUCCAGGCAGCUACGGCUGUGAUGGAGGCGGUGGUCCGGGAGUGGGUGCUGCUGGAGAAGAGCAGCAUCGAGUCCCUUCGGACCUUCCUGCUCACCUACGUCCUGCAGAGACCCAAUCUCCAGAAGUAUGUGAGAGAGCAGGUGUUGCUUGCGGUGGCCGUCAUCGUGAAGAGAGGCUCUCUGGAUAAAUCCAUCAACUGUAAGAGUAUCUUUCAAGAGGUGGGCCAGCUCAUCACCUCCGGAAACCCCACCAUACAGACACUGGCCUGCUCCAUCCUCAUGGCCUUACUGGGGGAGUUCUCCAGCUCCAGUAAGACCAGCAGUAUCGGGCUUAGCAUGGAGUUCCACGGCAGCUGCAAGAGAGUCUUCCAGGAAGAGGACCUGAAGCAGAUCUUCAUGCUGACCGUGGAGGUUCUGCAAGAGUUCAGUCGACAGGACAACCUCAACGCCCAGAUGUCCUCCGUCUUCCAGAAAUACCUGGCCCUGGCCAACCAGGUGCUCAGCUGGAACUUCCUGCCGCCCAAUCUAGGCAGACACUACAUGGCCAUGCUGGAGUCCACGCAGAACGUCACCCUGAAGCCGACCGAGUCGUGGAGGGAAGCCCUUCUGGACACCCGGGUCAUGGACCUCUUCUUCACAGUGCACAGGAAGAUCCGGGAGGACUCGGACAUGGCCCAGGACUCGCUGCAGUGCCUGGCCCAGCUGGCCUCCAUGCACGGGCCCGUCUUCCCCGACGAGAGUGCCCAGGUGUCCUACCUGGCCCACCUGGUGGAGGGGCUGCUCAGCAUGAUCAACGGGAUUGAGAUGGAGGACUCUGAAGCAGUGGGCAUCUCCAACAUCAUCUCCAACAUGAUCUCCAUGUUCCCCCGGAGCGUGCUCACGGCGUUGCCUAGCGACCUCUUCACCUCCUUCAUCAACUGCCUCACGCUGCUCACCUGCUCCUUCGGACGCAGCGCCGCCCUGGAGGAGGUGUUGGAUAAGGACGACAUGGUGUACAUGGAGGCCUAUGACAGGCUGUUGGAGGCGUGGCUAACUCUGGUCCAGGAUGACGAGCACUUCCCUCGAGGCUGCUUCGUCCAGUCGGCCGUGCAGGUGUUCAACGGCUACAUCCAGUGUCACCUGGCCGCGCCCGAUGGCACACGCAACCUGUCGGGCAACGGCGUGACCUCUACCGAGGACGAGGAGAUCCACGAGAUCCAAGAGGACGACAGGGAGCUGUUCUCAGACCAGCUGGCCAGCAUCGGUACACUGGGCCGGGUCGCUGCCGACCACUGCAUCCCCCUGCUCACAAGCCUGCUGGAGGACCGGGUGACGCGGCUCCACGGCCAGCUCCAGAGGACCCAGCAGCACCUGAUGGCCGCCAGCGACCCCGCCACCGUGGACCGCAAGGUCCUGGACGACCUCUACGAAGACAUCCACUGGCUGCUGCUCGUCUCCGGGUGCCUGUUGGCCGACGACCCCCAGGGGGAGACCCCUCUGAUCCCGGCCGAGGUGAUGGACUUCUCCAUCAGCCACUCCACGGAGGUGGACAUCAACACCACCCUCCAGAUCAUGGGGUCCCCGGGGGAGAAGGCCUCCUCCAUACCCGGCUUCGACCGCACCGACACCGUGGUCAGGCUUCUGUCUGCAGUAUUGAGGACUUCUGAGGUGGAGUCGCGGGCCACCAGGGCAAGCCUGACCACGCUGCUCAGUCCCCAGAUGGGGAAGGACAUUGUGUGGUUCCUGCGUCGCUGGGCCAAAACCUACCUGCUGGUGGACGAGAAGCUAUACCAACAGGUCAGUAUACCUCUGGUUACGGCCUUCGGUGCCGACACAGAGGGAGCCCAGUGGAUUGUGGGGUACCUGCUGGAGAAGGUGAUCAGCAACCUAUCGGUGUGGAGCUCGGAGCCGGAGCUGGCCAAUGACACGGUGGAGCUCUUGGUCACACUGGUGGAGCGGAGGGAGAGGGCCAACAUGGUGGUGCAGUGUGAGAACUGGUGGAACCUGGCAAAGCAGUUUGCGAGCCGCAGCCCGCCGCUCCACCUGCUGUCCAGCUCGGUGCAGCGCAACCUGAUGAAGGCACUGGUCCUGGGCGGCUUCGCUCACAUGGACGCCGACACCAAGCAACAGUACUGGGCUGAGGUGCUCCACCCGCUGCAGCAGCGCUUCCUCAACCUCAUCAACCAGGAGAACUUCGCCCAGAUCAGCCAGGAGACGGCGGUCCGGCAGGAGAUCACCGCCACCCUGGAGGCGCUGUGCGGUAUCGCCGAGGCCACGCAGAUCGACAACGUGGCUGCGCUCUUCUCCUUCCUCAUGGAAUUCCUGUCCAGCUGCAUCGGCCUUAUGGAGGUAUACCGCAACACACCAGAGACAAUCAACCUCAUCAUCGAGGUGUUUGUGGAGGUUGCUCACAAACAGAUCUGUUACCUCGGAGAGGUUAAGUCGAUGAGGCUCUACGAGGCGUGCCUGACGCUGCUGCAGGUGUACUCCAAGAACAACAUGGGCCGGCGGCGGGGGGAGAGCACUGCGGAGGAGGACCAGUACCAGGACCUGCUCCUCAUCAUGGAGCUGCUCACCAACCUGCUCUCCAAGGAGUUCAUCGACUUCAGCGACACAGACGAGGUGUUCCGGGGUCAGGACCAGGGCACGGGGACCACCACCCGACCGGUGUCGGCGGCCGACGUGGUCCUGUACGGGGUCAACAUCGUCCUCCCGCUCAUGUCUCAGGACCUGCUCAAGUUCCCCUCGCUGUGUAACCAGUACUACAAGCUGAUUACCUUCAUCUGUGAGAUCUUUCCAGAGAAGAUCCCUCAGCUCCCAGAGGAGCUCUUCAAGAGCCUCAUGUUCUCCUUGGAGCUAGGAAUGACCUCGAUGAGUUCAGAGGUCAGCCAACUGUGUCUGGAAGCCCUGUCCCCGCUGGCAGAGCAGUGUGCCAAGAACCAGGACAAGGAGUCCCCGCUCUUCAUAGCCACUCGCCACUUCCUCAAGCUGGUGUUUGACAUGCUGGUGCUACAGAAGCACAGCAUGGAGAUGACGGUGGCUGCCGGAGAAGCGCUUUACACGCUCGUCUGCCUCCACCAGGUGGAGUACUCUGAGCUGGUGGAGGCCCUGCUGGCGUCGCAGAGAGACGCCGUCAUCUACCAGCGCCUGGCCGACGCCUUCAACAAGCUGUCUGCCAGCAGCACCCCCCCAACCAUGGACCGCAAGCAGAAGGUGGCCUUCCUCAAGAGCCUUGAGGAGUUUGUGUCCAACGUUGGAGGUCUGCUCUGUGUCAAAUAACCACUGGGGGACCCCCCCCCCCCCCCAACCCCAACCCCAACCCCGCCACCUUAGCACCAGUCGCCCGAGCUUUGUGUUUGGACUUUCUGAGCGGGAAGCCAAGAGACUGGGAACUGCGUCAUCGGAGCAGGGACUCGAAAAACACACCCACACUACGGAUACACACACACACACACACACACACACACACACACACACACACACACACACACACACACACACACACACACACACACACACACACUGCUUAGACAUCAUUGAAAUUAUAGGGUUUUAGGUGGAAGGCCUGUGUUGACCCAACACCACCGUACUUGUCACGGACGUCCCAUAAUAUCCCUCACACACUCAGCCCUUCCCACAGUGCCUUUUGUUCUCUUGAUUGUCCUGUGCAUGUCUUCUUUCAGCAUGCACGCUGCUUGAAAACACAUUACCAUAGCGACCGUACCUGCCACACACAGGUGCACACACACAAACACAAACAGUCAGUUGCAUUCAGCCCGAUGGGGGCAGGAAUUAUUAUUCAAAUGAGCGGUUUGCUCAUAACGGUGUCGAAAACCAAAUCAGAAUUGCAUUAAUGAACGGAUGUAUAUAUGUUUUCAAAAAAGGAAAACAAGUUAUGUUACGUCACCAAACCUGACUGAAAAGUUUUUCUUUUUUUAAUAUGCUGAAAUAUGGCAGGAGAUUUUUAUUUUAAUGAGAAAUGUUGACUUAGUGCAUUGAUUUUCCAUUCCCCUGUUGGGGUUUAGUUUUAUUGUGUGCCCUCCCCUCCUCCCCUCCGUUUCACAGCAGGGCAGAACUCAGACAGUCUGUCUCCCUGGGACUAUAAAGUUUAGUGAAAACAAAUGGAAAGACGUGGGAAGGUUUCGUGGACAUUUUGUUUUAUUUUUCUACAUGAAGCCACUCUCCCCAUGGAGAGACACUGGAUCGAAGCGGCUUAAGGACAAUGGAGGGCGGCACAAAAUAACCAAAAACCAGCCAAAGUGGAGCGUUACAAGGAUUACAACGCCCACACCUUCCAUUUCAGAGCGCAAGCCCUGCCGUUGUAUAACGGCUGAAUAAUUUGUUCAUUAAGUGUAAAAGUGUACAUAAAGUUAUUGUAUAAAAUGUUCUGGCCUCAGUUGUUUUUGUUUGGGGUCUAUUGUAUGGUUUUUGAACUAUUUUGGCUUUUUAAUAAAGAUUUUAAAUGAA